AUGGCGCAAGAUCGUAUCCAAGCAUCUAAUGUUACCCCUGGUAACGUCUCCACCCAAAGGGUGAAGCUUAGCUCAGGCUACGAAAUCCCGCAGGUGGCCUUGGGUGUAUACAAGGCGCCUAACGAUGGCACAACGGAACAAGCCGUCAAGUGGGCCUUUGACUGUGGGUACCGUCACAUCGAUUCUGCAGCUCGAUACCGUAACGAAGAAGCUGUGGGCCGUGCCCUCAAGGAAUGGACCGCUGCCAAUAAUGUUCCGCGUGAGGAAAUCUUUAUCACCACCAAGCUCUGGGAUGACGAUCACAAGAAUGCGCAAGAAGCCAUUGAAGAAUCGUUGAGAAAGCUGCAGCUCUCAUACAUCGAUUUACACUUGAUCCACUCGCCUGAGCCUGGUGAGCAGUCGUUUAUCGACGCGUGGAAGCAGAUGGAGGCAGCCGUUGAUGCCGGUAAGAUUCGCUCGAUCGGUGUCUCUAACUUUGAUGUGGACCACCUCGAUGCUUUGCUCAAAGUUGCACGCAUCAAGCCUGUUGUGAACCAGAUUGAGUCGCACCCUUUCUUUGCGCAUGAGAAACUGCGUGAGGAGACCCUCAAACGUGGCAUCCACAUUGAGGCGUACUCGCCUAUGGCACAAGGAGCUGCUCUUGAUCGUGAAGAGAUCAAGGCUAUUGCAACAAAGCACGGCAAGACGCCUGCGCAAGUGCUGCUGCGCUGGGGCAUCCAAGUGGGCAACAUUGUUUUGCCCAAGUCGCUCACCAAGCAUCGUAUUGAAGCAAAUGCCCAGCUCUUUGACUUUGAACUUGACAGCAACGACAUGGAUGUGCUGAACAAUAUCGACGAGGGCAUGAAGAUGGGCAAGCUCGGCCCGCCUGGUACCUCGGCUCCUGCGUCGCCUGGUGCGACUCGCCCUGGCUCCCGUCGGACUUCGGGCAGCAGCGGCCUUGCUGGCAACCAGUUGCAAAUGAGUAGCAGCUGA